AUGGCAUACACAAGGUCAUUUCUGCAAGCACUUUGCAGUUUCUUUCUGGUACUAGCAGUUGCGGAAGCAUUGAAAUUCGAUAUCGACGCUUAUCACAAAGGAGACAAGAAGGCAGAGAGAUGCAUUAGGAAUUUUGUGGCUAAGGAUACUUUGGUGGUGGUUACUGCUACCAUUGAUGGUUCAAAGGGGGAUGGCAUGCAAGUCGAUAUGCAUAUUAAAGAUGCUGUUGGAAAUGAAUACGGAAAACCAAAGGAUAUUGUAGGCGAAAAGAGAAUGGCCUUUACAUCUCAUGCCGAUGCAUCAUUUGAUGUUUGCUUCUACAAUUACUUUACAGCCUCAAACCGUGUUAGCAAUCCUCGCCGCCACGUUGAACUCGAUAUUGAUAUUGGAGCCGAUGCCAAAGAUUGGUCUGCCGUUCAAGCUACAGAAAAACUCAAGCCAGUCGAAACUGAAUUACGGCGCAUUGAGGAAAUGGUCGCAGAAAUCGUUGCGGAAAUGGAAUACCUUCGACACAGAGAACAGAAAUUGAGAGACACAAAUGAGAGCACGAAUAAUAGAGUUAAAUGGUUUGCAUUUGGAACUAUGGGAAUGUUGGUAUCAUUGGGAGCUUGGCAGAUUAUCUAUUUGAGGGCGUAUUUCAGAUCAAAGCAUCUUAUCUAGAUACGAGUACUAUGGUUGUUGUGAGAAUGGCGGCUUUUGGGUUGAGCUUUUUCAGCAAAUAAAACCCCUUGUUUUACUAGAGUGCGAAGACAUCUGUGAAAUGAAAUACGAUGAUAAAAAAGCUGUCUAUAUUCUCAGCAAGAAGCUACUCCUAGUACUUGAUUCCUGUCGUAUUUUUCAUUUUGGUUGAUUGAGAGAAAGUCCCCAGAAGUUUGGGAUUCAUAUGUCCCAUGUCUUACGCAAGUCAACUGCUAUAUUUUGGGUAGCAUCAUCAUCUCCACGCAGGAGAAGGAGAUAUAAUCGAAAUAGUACUGCUUUUCAUUUCGUUCAUAAUAUAGUCACAAGUUGUUUGAUUGUGUACUUUCUGAUCGCUUUUGAUUCUGCACCACGAAAAGUGUAGCAGAGGACGCAAGUCUCAAAAGGAAAGUUGGACUUAGGUAUCAACAAAGAAUCAUAUAAUUUCAACAUGCGGUAUCAAU